UCUCCUAAAGAUCUUCAUUUCUCUCUCUCUCUCUUACAACCCAGUACUUCCACAUCUCUCUCUCUCUCUCUCUCUAUUAUAUUUCUCAGACCAAAAGCAAAGUAGAGAAAAAAAAAAGGGAAAGAAUUUUAUUUUUCUCAUUUUACAUCACAGUAUUUCAGAGUUAAAAAUAUCUCAAGAUUUUUUUUCCUUCAGAUAUCAGCUUCCAGAGAGGCACCUGUAGGGUUUUGAAUUUGGUUGUCGGUUUUGGGAGUUGUGGAGCUCAAUCCGUGGUUUCUGAUCGAUCUUAUGACCACAUCGGGCCGGCCUCCGGGCCCUGCUGUUGAAUUACAGUGUUUUGAUUGUUGAUUGUUAGCUAGUUUGAUUGUGUAUUAAGAGAGCAUAAGUUUGUUUAAUGGCUGUUUCAUCUGAGAGGUGGAUUGAUGGUCUUCAGUUCUCCUCAUUGUUCUGGCCUCCCCCGCAAGAUGCCCAACAACGAAAGGCUCAAAUUACUGCUUAUGUUGAGUACUUUGGUCAAUUUACAUCAGAACAAUUUCCAGAGGACAUUGCUGAGUUGAUCCGUAACCGUUAUCCAUCAAAGGAAAAGCGCCUUUUUGAUGACGUUUUGGCUACUUUUGUCCUUCAUCAUCCAGAGCAUGGGCAUGCUGUUGUUCUUCCAAUUAUUUCAUGUAUCAUUGAUGGUACAUUGGUGUAUGAUAGGACCAGUUCUCCAUUUGCUUCUUUCAUAUCAUUGGUCUGCCCAAGCAGUGAGAAUGAGUACUCUGAACAGUGGGCUCUGGCAUGUGGGGAGAUUUUGCGAGUUUUAACUCACUACAAUCGCCCAAUAUACAAGAUGGAACAACAGAAUAGUUAUUCAGAAAGAAGCAGUAGUGGCUGCCAUGCUACCACUAGUGACUCUAGCGGGGAAUCCAGCCACCAUAUUCCUUUGUUACAGCAAGAGAGGAAACCUUUAAGGCCUUUGUCUCCCUGGAUUACAGAUAUAUUGCUGGCUGCACCUCUUGGUAUCCGAAGUGACUAUUUCCGAUGGUGCAGUGGUGUUAUGGGUAAAUAUGCUGCUGGAGAACUCAAGCCACCUACAACUGCUUCUUCUCGUGGAUCUGGAAAGCAUCCUCAGCUUAUGCCAUCAACUCCAAGGUGGGCUGUUGCAAAUGGUGCUGGUGUCAUUUUAAGUGUUUGUGAUGAGGAAGUUGCUCGCUAUGAAACUGCUACUUUAACGGCGGCUGCUGUCCCUGCGCUUCUGCUUCCUCCUCCAACGACAGCUUUGGAUGAGCAUCUAGUUGCUGGGCUACCAGCUCUUGAGCCAUAUGCACGUUUGUUUCAUAGGUAUUACGCCAUUGCUACACCAAGUGCCACACAGAGACUUCUUCUUGGACUUCUUGAAGCACCACCAUCAUGGGCCCCAGAUGCACUUGAUGCUGCUGUCCAGCUUGUAGAACUCCUUCGGGCUGCUGAAGACUAUGCAUCUGGCAUAAGGCUUCCUCGGAACUGGAUGCAUCUGCAUUUCUUGCGUGCCAUUGGGACUGCAAUGUCCAUGAGAGCAGGCAUAGCUGCUGAUGCUGCAGCAGCUUUACUUUUCCGCAUACUCUCACAGCCUGCAUUGCUUUUUCCUCCACUAAGGCAAGUUGAGGGAGUUGAAGUUCAACAUGAACCUUUGGGCGGUUAUAUUUCAAGCUAUAAAAAGCAGAUUGAAGUGCCUGCGGCUGAAGCGACUAUUGAAGCUACUGCACAAGGGAUUGCAUCAAUGCUUUGUGCCCAUGGCCCUGAGGUUGAAUGGAGAAUUUGUACCAUAUGGGAAGCUGCCUAUGGCCUGAUUCCGUUAAGUUCCUCUGCAGUUGAUCUUCCUGAAAUCAUAGUUGCAACUCCAUUGCAACCCCCCAUAUUAUCAUGGAAUCUGUACAUACCUCUCCUUAAGGUCCUGGAAUACCUUCCUCGUGGAAGUCCAUCUGAAGCAUGUCUCAUGAAGAUUUUUGUUGCUACUGUUGAAGCAGUUCUUCAGAGAACUUUUCCAUCUGAGUCCUCUAAAGAACAAACCAGAAAAACAAGAUACCUUUAUGGCAUAGGGUCUGCCUCCAAAAACCUUGCUGUGGCAGAGCUUCGUACCAUGGUCCAUUCACUUUUCUUAGAAUCAUGUGCCUCUGUAGAGCUUGCUUCACGACUACUUUUUGUUGUGUUGACUGUGUGUGUUAGUCAUGAAGCUCAGUCGAAUGGGAGCAAGAGACCGAGAGGUGAAGAAAGCUUUCCAUCUAAUGAAAGCAGUGAGGACUCACAAGUGAUAUCUGAAAGGCAAAGGGAGAUGAAAACUAGGAAGUUGAAAAAGCAAGGGCCUGUAGCGGCAUUUGAUUCCUAUGUUCUAGCUGCUGUUUGUGCUCUUGCCUGUGAGCUUCAGUUAUUUCCUCUAAUUUCAAGGGCGAGUAGUCACCCAAACUCUAAAGAUGUUUCAGAUGUUGUCAAGCCUGUGAAAAUAAAUGGAUCUAGUGAUGAGUUUCGAAAUAGUAUUGACUCUGCAAUUCGUCAUACUCACAGAAUCUUAGCAAUUUUAGAAGCACUUUUUUCACUGAAGCCCUCUUCUAUUGGCACCUCAUGGAGUUAUAGUUCAAACGAGAUAGUUGCUGCGGCAAUGGUUGCCGCACAUAUUUCUGAACUAUUUAGACGGUCAAAGGCUUGCAUGCAUGCUCUCUCUGUAUUGAUGCGUUGCAAGUGGGACAAUCAAAUUUACACCAGGGCAUCAUCACUAUACAACCUCAUUGAUAUUCAUAGCAAAGCUGUUGCAUCCAUUGUUAACAAGGCUGAGCCACUAGAAGCACACUUAAUACAUACACCAUUGUGGAAGAAGUCCCUCCUGAAUUCUGAUGGCAAAAGACGAAGUCAAUGUGAAAACAGUGUUUGCUUUGAUCCUGGGCAGUCAUCUACUCCACAGUCUUUGGAUUCAGCCCAUUCAGAUACUAAAUUUAGAGCAUCACAUCCAAAUGAAGGCUCAGGAAAUACCUUGGGUAAAGGUAUUGCAAAUUUACCAUUAGAUGCUUCAGAUUUAGCCAACUUCCUCACGAUGGAUAGGCAAAUAGGAUUUAAUUGCAGUGCUCAAGUUCUUCUAAGAUCGGUGCUGCCAGAGAAACAAGAAUUAUGUUUCUCUGUUGUUUCAUUGCUGUGGCACAAGUUGAUUGCAGCUCCUGAAACUCAACCUAGUGAAGAAAGCACUUCUGCCCAACAAGGAUGGAGGCAGGUUCUAGAUGCGCUAUGCAAUGUCGUAUCAGCAUCACCUACAAAAGCAGCUACAGCAGUUGUUCUUCAGGCGGAUAGGGAAUUACAACCUUGGAUUGCCAAAGAUGAUGAUCAAGGUCAGAAGAUGUGGAGAAUCAACCAACGAAUUGUAAAACUGAUUGUGGAGCUAAUGAGAAAUCACGAUAGGCCAGAAUCAUUAAUGAUUUUGGCAAGUGCUUCAGAUCUGCUUCUGCGCGCCACAGAUGGGAUGCUCGUUGACGGAGAAGCUUGCACUUUACCACAACUAGAGUUACUGGAAGCAACAGCCAGAGCGGUUCAACCUGUGCUGGAGUGGGGAGAAUCUGGAUUGGCAGUUGCAGAUGGCCUUUCAAACCUCUUAAAGUGCCGCCUAUCAGCUACCAUCCGAUGUCUUUCUCAUCCAAGUGCUCAUGUUCGUGCUCUGAGCAUAUCAGUUCUUCGUGAUAUUUUGCACACUGGUUCAAUUAAGUCUAAUUCUAAACCAGUGGACAUAAAUGGCAUGUCUGGUCCCCCUUAUAAGUAUUUUAGUUUAGGUGUAAUUGACUGGCAAGAUGACAUUGAAAAGUGCUUAACAUGGGAAGCUCAUAGCAGACUCGCAACUGGAAUGUCUAUUGAAUUUCUUGGUACUGCUGCCAAGGAAUUAGACUGUAGUAUUUCCUUAUAAUAUCAGGUAGCUUUUGCCAGCCAUUUUAGGUUUAUGACCAUAUUUUUCCUAGUGAGACUUACACAGAAUCAUACAUUAGUUAUUUGCUUGAACGACGUGGGCUUGCAGGUUGGUAAUUAUGCAUUCUGUUGUAGAUAUAAAAGCCUGAGACUGUCAAUUACAGUGAUUUCUUUGGCUAGACAUAACAAUCCUUCUGCAAGUGUUAUUGCGUACAUUGAGUAGAUAGGGCCACAAUUAGUCUUUA